UUCGUUUGUUAUUGUUUUCGUUUGAGGUUAUUUUGUUGGUGAUUAUACUAUUGUGAAUAAUCUAAAUUAAAUUUAGAAACAAAGAAAAAACAAACAUUUUGAAUAUGUUUACUGCUGACCUAUCAUUUUUUACUGUAAGUACAUUCCAUGAAAGCAGAAGAGUACCAAAUAAGUUAUUCUUAGAUUUGGAAAGUUUAAGAUCACAUCUUAAGGACAUUUUUUGCAUUGAUGAGAAUAGUUACUACUUGGUUACAAAUGGAAGAAAGAUAACCUCUCAUGAAAAUCCCUCUACAAAUCCAUUCUCUACAAAUCCAUUCUCUACAGUACACGUUAUUCCCAGAGUUCUUGGAGGAAAGGGUGGUUUCGGGUCUAUGCUUCGCGCAAUUGGUGCUCAGAUAGAAAAAACAACCAACCGAGAGGCUUGCAGAGACCUAAGUGGAAGAAGACUACGCGAUAUAAAUGAAGAACAAAGGCUCAAAAACUGGAUCGCUCAGCAAGCUGAUCGGGAGAGAGAGGCAGCUGAACGCAAAAAGAAAAAACUUGAACGGCUAUGUCAAGAACCUAAACAUGACUUCAAAGAUGAUCAAUAUGAUGAAAGUAGAUCCACUAUGACUGAGGUCAUGAGCAGUUCAAUUGAACAAGGAUUUAAAGCAAGUACGAGUGGGACAAGCAAUAGUUUAAAACGUAAAUCAAAGGAAGGCGCGACAAAAAAGGAAUUAGCCAAAAAGAAAAAGAAGAAACUAUGGAUUGACGCCGAAGAAAGCGAGAGUAGCUCUGAUGAAAGUGCGAUCAGUGAAAAUGAGAGUGAAGUAAACAAUGAAAAAGUAACAACAGACAACUCACAAAUUGCCAACCCAAACAAACUUGAAGACAGUAAUGUGUAAAAGGUUAACCUUAUCUAUUUUAAGUAGCCUACGGUUCUAAUCACUUUGAGCAUCCUUGAAAUUAGUCUUAUACUGUAGUAAGUUUAAUUGAUUUUCUUAUUAAUUAUCUUUGUGAAUAAAAUAUUUUAUUACAGAA